GUAACUUACUCUAGUCCUCGGCCUCUCCCCAGAUCUGCUGUCCUGCAGGAUCCUAGCACUUUGCUGCCCAGGACCAGACUAGCUGAGCCGGCCAGCAACUCCAGAUCCCAGAACUCAGCCUUGCAGAUAUGACCUUCUAGGACUGACGGCACAGCACAGAGGAUGGGUGUUUACUCCUGGUGGAAGCAGCCAUCCUGGAUGGUGAGCAGUCAGAGAAGAAGAAUGACUCCAAACUUGCCAUGGCUCCUGUCGGCACUCACGCUUCUGCAUCUUACCCUGCAAGCCAAUAGUCUGAAGAGGGGAGCAAUUCAGAAUCUGAAAUGCACAACCAAAAAUAUGCAAGUGUGGGACUGCACGUGGACAGAGCCCCUUGGGUUCAGCCCUGAGACCGUUAAAGAAGUUUGCAUUAGAGACAGGCUCCGUUCUUGUCAUCGAUUAGAGACAGCAAACAUUAAAAUUGCGGCCCUUUCACCUGGUGAUCAUGAAGUAACAGUAAAUUACCUGAGUGGCUUCCAAAGUAAUUUCACCCUGAAUGAAAAAGAUGUUUCUUUCAUUCCAGAUGCUCCUGAGGUUCUGAGUUUGUCUGCUGACUUCGCGACCUCCACGUUACACCUGAAGUGGACCGACAAAGGCUCUGCCUUUUCGUACCCUUCGAAGGCCACCUGGGAAGUUAAGGUUCUACAGCAUCCGCAUAUGGAACCCAUAAAAUUAGUGUCAUUCAACACAACACUGAAUGGUAGAGAUACAGUUCACCAGUGGAACUGGACCUCCGACCUGCCCCUGGAAUGUGCUCCUCACUCUGUGGGGAUCAGACAGUACAUCAACCAUCACCGUUUCUCCGGUUCUAAAGAGUGGAGUGCCUGGAGCCUCCUGAAGAACAUUUCUUGGACUCCUGAUUCCGAGACCAAUGUUUUUCCUCAAGACAAAGUGAUUCUUGCAGGCUCAGACAUAACGUUUUGUUGUGUCAGCCCAACGAAAGUGCUGUCAGGACAGAUUGGCAAGACAUUUUGUCCUCUUAUCCAUCUUUAUGGGGAAAACGUUGCGAUCCGUAUCCAGAACAUUACCGUUUCUGAAAACAGUGGAACAAAUGUGGUUUUCACAACAGAAGAUAACGUGUAUGGGACGGUUGUCUUUGCUGGCUAUCCACCCGAUAUUCCUCAGAAACUGAAUUGUGAGACACAUGAUUUCAAAGAGAUUAUAUGCAGCUGGAAUCCAGGAAGGCCAACAGGGCUGGUGGGCCCACGAAAUACAGACUACAUUUUAUCCGAAAGCAUUUCGGGAAAAUCCGUCGUACUUAAAAGAUUCGAAACACUUACAAAUGAAAGCUGUCAUUUAACCUUCCAAAUGCUUCCAGACCAAGAAGUCUAUAACUUCACCCUGACCGGUCACAACCCACUGGGACAAGCAGAAUCAGUAAUGUUUAUCAACGUAACUGAAAGAGUUGCUCCUCACGUGCCUGUUUCGUUGAAAGUGAAGGACAUCAAUUCAACAGUUGUUACACUUUCCUGGCAUUUGCCAGGAAAUUUUGCAACGAUGAAUCUCUUGUGUCAAGUUGAAAUUUGUAAAGCUAAUUCAGAACAAGAAGUGCGGAAUGCCACAAUCAAAGGAACCGAGGAUUCAAGUUAUCUUGUGGCUGUGGACAAAUUAAAUCCAUACACUGUGUACACAUUUCGGGUUCGUUGUUCUACUGAAACCUUCUGGAAAUGGAGCAAGUGGAGCAAUGAGAAGAGACAUUUGACUUCAGAAGCCACUCCUUUAAGGGGACCAGAUACUUGGAGAGAGUGGAGCUCCGAUGGAAAAAACUUAAUCAUUUAUUGGAAGCCUUUGCCCAUUAGUGAAGCUAAUGGAAAGAUACUUUCCUAUAAUGUAUCAUGCUCAUCCAAUGAGGAGACCCAGUCCCUUUCUGAGAUCCUCGAUCCUCAACACAGAGCAGAGAUGCAGCUGGAUAAAAAUGACUACAUCAUCAGUGUGGUGGCAAAGAAUUCUGCUGGCUCAUCACCACCUUCUAAAAUAGCCAGUAUGGAAAUCCCAAACGAUGACAUCGUAGUAGAACAAGCCGUUGGAAUGGGAAAGAGGAUCUUCCUCACCUGGCAUCCUGACCCCAACAUGACCUGUGACUACGUCAUUAAAUGGUGCAACUCAUCUCGUUCUGAGCCCUGCCUCAUGGACUGGAUAAAGGUUCCUUCAAACAGCACCGAGACUGUAAUAGAAUCUGAUCAAUUUCAGCCAGGAGUGAGAUAUAAUUUUUACCUCUAUGGAUGCACUCAUCAGGGAUAUCAAUUGUUACGUUCUAUAAUUGGAUACAUAGAAGAACUAGCUCCAAUUGUGGCCCCGAAUUUUACUGUGGAAGAUACAUCUGCAGAUUCGAUCUUAGUGAAGUGGGAAGACAUCCCUGUGGAAGAGCUCCGUGGCUUUCUGAGAGGGUAUUUAUUUUACUUUCAGAAAGGAGAGCGAGAUACACCUAAGACCAGGAGUUUUGAGACGGGUCAUUCUGACAUCAAGCUGAAGAAUAUCACUGACAUAUCCCAGAAGACGUUAAGGAUUGCCGAUCUUCAGGGGAAAACCAGUUACCACCUGGUCCUGCGAGCCUACACGCAUGGCGGCCUGGGUCCAGAGAAAAGCAUGUUUGUGGUGACCAAAGAAAACUCUGUGGGAUUAAUUAUCGCCAUCCUCAUCCCAGUGGCCGUGGCUGUCAUUGUUGGCGUGGUGACAAGCAUCCUUUGCUACCGGAAGCGAGAAUGGAUUAAGGAGACGUUCUACCCUGAUAUUCCCAACCCAGAGAACUGUAAAGCGUUACAGUUUCAGAAGAGCCUCUGCGAGGGAAGCAAUGCUCUCAAAACAUUGGAAAUGAAUCCCUGUACUCCAAAUAAUGUUGAAGUUCUGGAAUCGCGAUCAAUAGUUCCUAAAAUAGAAGAUACAGAAAUAAUUUCCCCCGUGGCUGAGCAUCCUGCAGAGAGCUCUGAGGCGGACCCCGAGAACCACGUGGUUGUGUCCUACUGCCCACCCAUCAUUGAGGAGGAAAUAGGGAACCCCACAGCAGACGAAGUGGGAGGGACUUCCCAGGUCGUGUACAUUGAUGUUCAGUCCAUGUACCAGCCUCAAGCCAAGCCAGAGGAAGAGCAGGACGGUGACCCCGCAGUGGCGGCCGGCUAUAAGCCGCAGAUGCGCCUCCCCAUUAAUUCUGCUGUGGAGGACACAGCAGCGGAAGACGAAGCCGAUAAGGCUGCGGGCUACAGACCUCAGGCCAAUGUGAAUACUUGGAAUUUGGUCUCUCCGGAUUCUCCAAGGUCCACAGACAGCAACAGUGAAAUUGUCUCUUUUGGAAGUCCAUGCUCCAUCAAUUCCAGGCAAUUUUUGAUUCCUCCUAAAGAUGAUGACUCUCCUAAAUCUAACGGAGGAGGGUGGUCCUUCACAAACUUUUUCCAGAACAAACCAAAUGACUAACCUGGCACCCUUUGCCGGUGCAGUCUGCCAUCUCAACGUCCCGGCAGUAGCUGGGGCAUUCCUGGAGGGACUGAGCGAAAGUGGAGAGCCAGAGACCUUCCCUCCGGGCAAGUGACCCUAGAAGUGUUAACGUGCUUUUAAUGUACCCUAAAAGCCCAAGUCCAGUGACUCGGAAACCUCAGACACAGAAACUCAAGAUUUGAAGCUGUUUUUGAUUGAGCCAAAGAAUCCUCCAGGAGGAUUUCACGACUAACUCUGCCUAGUUCGUAUAUGCAAAACAAAUCUCAACAACUGUCUGUUGUUACUGGUUUUCUCGUCUUUGUAUGUUAUGGAAUUCCAAGUGGAUUUACAGGCCAGGAAGAAAAAUGUCCAAGUCAAAAUAACGCUACUGCGCCUGACAUUUACUGCAGUCUAGAGGAAAACCAAGCACAGAUUUUAAAACUUUUAUGAUGUCUUCUGUCCUCAGCAUUUACAAAAGCGAGUCUAGUUUUUAAUGUAACAGCCACUAUCUGGUGUUCUGUUUGGUAGAGUGUGCUGAUGUCCGUGCCUAUCUGGUAUUCCAGUUGACGGAGCGUGCCGAUUUCUCUGCCUACUGUAUAACGGUUACCAAACAGUUGUCUCAGGGGUACAAACUUGGAAAAGCAAGUGUGACACUGACCAGCCUGAAUCAGAAUCACACUGUCCUGCUUUAGCGGGGUGUGAAAACCUUUUUCCUGUCUCGUAGCUGGCACGCUAGCUUCCGUUGGGCGGCCCGUUGUCCUCAUGUUGGAAAUUUCUAGAACUGACUCCAAAUUUUCUCUGCAUUUUUGUUUUGUGUUACGGUGUCUGCUUUGUAAGAACAAAGUCAACAUUAUUCAUGAGUAUAUAGUUGUGAUGAGUUCCUAUGUAAGAUGACUACUAAGAACUACUAGAUACUGGUGCGUGCUGACUCCCAGCUCUGAUAAGGCCCUGUUCCCCUGAGAAGGUUUGCCAUCCACCUGACCAGUAGCGAUUGAUGAUCUUUGGAGUCUCAGCCCCAGCCCCUCCUCCCUCAGGCAAUUAGACUCUCAGACCCAAUCUUCAAAUUCAUAAGCUUAAACCUAAAGGGAGAUCAUUUCUCCCCAGAGCAGCUGGUAAAUGGUGACUUUAAUAGAAGUUGUAACGCUUACGGAAUUGGUGGGUAGUGGCCUGUGGUUCCUCUCUGAGCCAUGAAGAGCUGGGUCCGAGCACGGCACCCUCCAUCUAUCCUGGUUUCUCAUCAACAAUGUGUAAGUGAGUGAGGGUCUCAGAAAGGCAGAGUAAAAACCUAAAUGCAUGUAGUGUGUUUGUAUUUGCUCUGCCCUUUAUUGUCAAAGUGUGUAAGUAUGUGAGUUUGAAACACCCGAGUAGACCUUUGUUUUGUGUCAUCUGAAGUUCCCCAAACUGUGCAGAGAGUGAAUUGGUUUUUUAGUUCCUAUUUAAUCUCUUUUUACUUUUACUUCUUCCUUCCUUUCUUCCUUCCUUCCUUUCUUUUUUGAGACAGGGUCUCAUUAUGUAGCUCCAGCUGUCCAAGAACUCACUCUGUAUACCAGGCUGGCCCCAAACUCACAGAGAUCCACCUGCCUCUGCUUCCUGAGUGCCAGGAUUAAAGGCAUGCGCCACUAUGCCUGGUCUCCUAUUUUCUCUUUUAAAAAGUCAUGUGGGAAAAAAUUGCAGGAUGACAAGGGAGAAAGUCUAAUAAUCAGUGCAUGAUCCUGUUUUUAAUCCCAGGAUGCAGCUACAUUUUGGAGCUUCAUGACAUGAUGGAUUGUGGGGUGAAACCAAUUAGUUAUGCAUUUAUAUAAUAAAUAAAAUGUAGAUAAUAACUCUUAGAAAUUUUCAGUAAUGAAAAAUAUUCCAAACUAGAGUCAUCUCCAAACAGUUUAAUUUGUUCCUUGUGCCUUCCCUCUCUGGGUCCUUUCUUGACCUCCACCCAGCCACUCUGAGCCCUGGCUGCCUUCUCCCCUGCCACAUCUCGUAAUGCUCUGCUCUGCUCGCCUCCAGCCUAUGCCUCAUUCCCCAUGGAAGCUUAUCAGUUUUAUCUUCCAUCUAAUAGGGAUGAGUGUCAGGGGAGGUAGUAGCUCAUCCUUCUGAACUACAUUAACCCGAGAACACAAGGAACGGUCAGAGAAAAUGGACUUAUCCUAUCAUCAAAACAGGCCCCUUUCACGUGGCUGUCUAGAGUGAGGGACGUUUAGAACAUUUAGAACGCUGCUCAUCCUCCCCGGCCUCCGAAUUCCAGUCUCCAGGACCACUGGGCCGCUGAGAAGCGGGGUAUCCGCGGAUCAUUUUAGGAAAACGUGGCUUGGGACUGAGGCUGAGGCAGAUGUCCUUGUCUUUUCCCAUUGAAUUGAAGACAGCCACAUCCCCGGGCAGUGUUGUUAUCUCUGUGGUUCCUGCUGAGUUGUACACUGAGAAGAAGCCUGGCAGGGAGAGGGUGGGGCAGAAAGGGACAGGCAGGACAUGCUGUCACCCUUCUGUAAGCCUGUCUCACUCCGAUUCCCUUGUGAGCAAUGGAGAUGGGGUGGGGGAAGUAAUCAUAAUACUUGGGAGUGGUCAUUUUCAAUCUUUAAUUUAAAGAUUAUCUUAAAUACUUAACUAGGCUUUUGGCGUGAGAGCUGUGAGCUGUGUGCUACGUUAAUUACCACGUCUGUACCUUCCGAAUUCUCCCCGUUGAACUGGCAGUGUCCUGGAUUUGAGAUGGUUGUACUGCGUAUCUAGAAAGUUGAGUGUGUCCCUAUGCUGUGUGAUAGAGGUGCUUUUGUUCCUGCUGCUGGCAACAGAAGCAGCCAUUCAUUGGGAAGCUCGAGGGAGGAAGUGUCGGGCUCGUUUUCCAUAUUAGCAUUGCUCUCGUGGUUCAUGGAACUUGAAGGCUUGCAUUCAGAACGCCAAGUACUGUCGUACUCAGAAAUGGUAGAGAGUCACAUUCUCAGACCUUGCAAGCUGAAGGUCUUGUUAGAAAUUUCCCCUGCCCCAGUAAUUUAUCAAAUAUCACAGUCCUUUUCUGUGUUAAUUAAAUGAAUAUAAUUUAGUGAAAGACUAGAGAAUUUCUCCUCUCAAUGGGAAUUCGAAAUCAAUGUUGUGGUAUUUUUCAAUUAUAAAGUACCCCUUAAUAUGUCAAAAUGCAGAAAGUAUUAUCUCCAAGUUUCUUACUGCUUAGGCAUUUAAUCUGGUGAAACUUCUUUGUUUGCACUAAGGUAACUUUUGCUGUUUCCUGUUUCAAACUGUGUUCGAAUUAGCGAAAUGCUUUCUCAAAGGAUUUUGGAAGUGUGAUCCUUGGCUUCCCAAGUGAAGCAUGGGGAAAGGGUCAUUAGCUGCUAAUGCCAGGCACACAGUGACAACCCAGUGGCUGUGUGCAUGGAGUCCCUUCCGAGUGUUACAAACUCAGCAGAACUGUCUGGAAGGAUGCUAAAGAUUAAGAUGUAGCUCACAUAUAUCUGAGAGCUUUGAGUAUACAGUCGAAGCGGCCCCACAGUUGGAGGAAAAGCAGAAGACUCACCAGGCAUUUCAUUAGACACUGUCAGCAUACUUGGAGCCGUGUGGACUGUGCUUUUAUCCAGCGAGUUUUCCAUCUGGAGACGUGUUUGUACCAACCUAGCAUCUGUUUCGGCGAGCCAUGUGUGUGAGCUUAAUUGAUUAACAGAAGAACUGUUCUCUUUGUAAGUUAUCUCCAGACAUUUCCUUUGAACUGAUAUUUUCUGCUGAGACAGCUUCAUGCUGCCAUACCUGUCUCCCUCUUGUAUCCAAACCCAAAAAUCUUUACAGAAUGCCAGGGGUGGGGGAGAAGUGUGGCCAAACUUACAGGACACUGAUCUUUUGGAUAUAACCCUAGAAUUGCUUCAAAUUCAUUUAGCCUGAAUCAUGAUUCUGCCUCAGUGCUAUUUAUACUGCUAAAGCCUCUCAGUUAAACUAGAGCCACUGCGUUUUUUUUUUUUUACUCCUUUUCAGUUGCUGCUUUUAUCUUGGUAAACUUCAUGAUCAUGUUCAUGCUGAUUAUAAUACAGAUGAAUUAUUUCUAAAUGCAGGCAUAAAGGAUGGAGAAUGGCAUUCAGCUGAGCAUUCAUCUUGUUAGAGUUUCUGGGGUUGUUAUUUGGUCUAGUAGCCACACGUUUCUAAUUAUGGUAUUAGAUUAUGACUGGAUCCCCUUGAUUUUAACUAGAGUAGUGCCUGUUCUCCUUGCAUCAUGAAGGAAUGAUAAUUUUCGUCCAAGGUGUAAGUAGAAUUUGCCGAAGUUAAAUUUUAACUGUGGUAUGCUUUUAUUUUCAAUAAACCAUAACUGAUUGCACAUUAACUAGAUAUGAAUCCAUAAUAAUUUAUAUUACUUUCUGGUAGCUGGAACUGAAUCCCUUAAAAAUGAAAAAAAAUGCUGAGAAAAAUUGACGAGGAAAUUAAUGUUUAUUGGAUUCAUAUGUGUCUUCAAGAUCACCCUUGUGCUAGUCAAUCAGAACUUUAGAAGAAAUCAAACUAUUGCAGACUUUUUGCUGUACUUAUGCCUAAAAUUGUGUCUAAUUGGAUGACUACUUAAAUUUAUUCUGUUUCCUUAUAUGCACUUUCAUUGUUAAUUAUUCCAUCUUAAAUGGGCAGGUUUCAACUUCUGAACCUACUUCCAGAUAUUCCAGUAGCGUAUCCUCAAAUAUCAAGAUAUUUUUGGGUAAUCAUCGAGUCUUCCUUAAGUCAGGGACAACGUAGUACUUUGGCAGGUGCUCAUAGAACAAAAUGCUGAAUAACAGCUUUCAGAUGAGAGUCUUCCUGUCGGCUCCACAGGCUGUCUCCCGUCCUCUCCUAGUAGACCGAUUAUUAGCCCGUUUCUUCAGUUUAAUUUUCCUUCCAAUGUGUUAUGUAAGAAAGUAUGAAAUAACACGGUGAAGCAUUGAAGAGAAAACCCUGUUAAACUCCUUAUGGUGGGGUACCCUGAGAUAGAGCAACUGCUGAAACGCAUCCCAUUCAGAGUCGCUCCGAAAAGAUUGUUCUGGAUAGAAACAGAUAUCCAGAGUCUGAAAUGGUUCCAACCAGGCGUCUUCAAAGGUAAAGUAAGCCAUCUACAAGUCCUCAGUGUUCCUAGUAAGAAGUUUUUUCAAUUUUUUUUUUGACCAAACCUUUCAUUAGUUGAUCAUAAGCCAUUAUCCCUGUAACACUAAAGAAAUUGCCAUUUUUUUCCUUUCAGAGUUGCAUUGCAGUGCGUCACUGUUUACAAAAUACACAUACUGUGAACAGAUAGAAGUUUUGUCUUUUGUAAGAUUUGUAGAGUGAAUGUUUUUUUUUUUCAAGAUGGUGUUAUGUUGAAUAGUUUUAGGUUUUUGUAAAUAGCUGUUUACUAACUUUCGUUUGGCCAGGUGUGUCUGUGUAGCUGGGAGAAGAUAGACGUUACAGUUUCCUCAGUUUCCCCUUUCCGCUUCCUGUCGAGCCACCACUACAGACAUUUUUGUGUUCGCACAAGUGAUCGGUUAUGACGUGCAAUACUUAAAGUCAUGUUUCAUCCUCUAAGGAAUCUUUUCAAAAUGCAUAUCCAGGAAGCAAACCAGAUUGAAGUGUCUCCGUGACUCGCAGAAUUCUGACGUGUGUAUGGGAUAAAAAGCACUCACAGGGAUUGCUAACCAAAGUAUUUCCAGUCUUGUGGGAUUUUGGAUCUGAUAUUGCUGUUAGCAUGGGAAAUUUGAACAUUUUAUAUCCUAAUUUCAGAAUUUAGCUUCCACGUCUUUUGGGAAACAUGAUUAUCACAAGAACAUAGACUAUGUAAAUAACCUAUUACUAAGACACUACAAAUAUAAUACUAGUAUUGCUUGGCUGUUAAUUCUAUAAAGAUGUUACCUAUGUCUGUUUUUAAAACAUGCAUGUAUUUAACAGUUUUAUCAUAGUAUUGUCAUGGAAAGAAAUAAAUAUAUUUUCUUACAUCUUA